GAAUCUCCAGGGAUCACUGGCACAAGCGUCGUAAAACCGGAGGAAAACGGAAGCCGUACCAUAAGAAAAGAAAGUAUGAGUUGGGUCGGCCUCCAGCAAACACAAAGAUUGGCCCCCGCCGUAUUCACACGGUGCGCGUGCGUGGAGGAAAUAAGAAAUACCGUGCACUGAGGCUGGACAGCGGAAACUUCUCCUGGGGCUCAGAAUGUUGUACUCGCAAGACCAGGAUCAUUGACGUUGUGUACAAUGCCUCCAACAAUGAGCUUGUGAGAACCAAGACCCUGGUGAAGAACUGCAUUGUUCUGGUGGACAGCGCGCCGUACAGGCAGUGGUAUGAAGCCCACUACGCCAUUCCUCUGGGCCGCAAGAAAGGAGCGAAGCUGACUCCAGAAGAGGAGGAGAUCCUGAACAAGAAGCGCUCAAAGAAGGUUCAGAAGAAGAUCGAGGGACGCAGAAAGAAGAGCAAGAUCAGCAGUUUGCUGGAGGAGCAGUUUUUGCAGGGCAAGCUUCUCGCUUGUAUUGCGUCCAGGCCUGGCCAGUGUGGCAGAGCAGACGGAUACAUCCUGGAGGGGAAAGAGCUGGAGUUUUACCUCCGCAAGAUCAAGGCCAAGAAAGGCAAAUA